UUUAGAUUGGCCAGCUACAAGGUCAAAGUUGGCUAUAUUGUUCAUGAAAACAAAAUAGCUUUUAGGUUUUUAAUUACAUAUUAGGGUUAGCAUUGUGGUUAAGUUUAAAAUGUGAUUUUAUGACUUCGUGGCUGUGUCGGAUAGUAACCACUCUGCAGAGCUGCCCCCAGAACAAGAUUAAUGGCGAAAAACGCUAACAGGUAAAAUGAGUUCAUAACAAACCGACGCAUGAUCAGAUGGUGGUGUUGGGUUGAUUCUCUCCUUCCAUGUUUUGGGUGUAAAAAAAUUCCCCCCUCGCAAUAUACAGGAAAUUACUUGUCUUGAGAUUAAGUGUUUUAUAGACGCAUCAACAAGCUAGGUGUUCUAACAAGCAAAGCAGCAUAUUCGUUUCACUCAGUUUCACCAUCUGAAACAGACUUCGGAAAGAAGUUCCAGGCACGCAAUGAGAGUAUUUUACAAGGCAAAGCUGGUUUUAACGUGUACAGGGUGUGCCUCUGUGCUGCUCUUCGUAGCCUACUUCACACCUACAUCAAUAAGGUACUUGGAGGGCUUAAUCCCUAUGAACCGAUGUCAUCUUAUCCCUGGAGAGAAGCUGAAGCUGGGUAUUAGUAUAGAUGCUUCCCUAGACCUUUGGUCCAGAGGUGAUGUUCAGACCUGCACUGACUGGGGAGCCCCUGUGAUCUGGGAUGGGAUGUUUGACCCAGAUCAUUACGACCAGGAGCACAGGAGGAACCACUCCUCUGUCUCUCUCACUGUAUUCGCUGUGGGCAGGUAUCUAGAUGCCUACCUGGAGGCAUUCCUUCUCUCUGCUGAGCGUCACUUUAUGGUGGCUUUACCUGUGACAUACUAUGUGUUCACGGAUGUUCCCCAGAGGGUACCAAACAUCCAGCUUGGUCCUGGGCGGAGCCUGAAAGUUGUGAGGGUGCAGAGACACUCUCGCUGGCAGGACAUCUCCAUGAUGCGUAUGAGGGCCAUUGCAGACGCCAUUGAGUCACAGAUUCGUCGAUACAGCCGCUAUGUCUUCUGCUUUGACGUGGACCAGGUGUUUGUUGGUCGGUUUGGCUCAGAGGCUCUGGGAGACUCUGUGGCUCUGCUCCACGCCUACUACUACCACCGACCACAGAGCCUCUACACCUACGACCGCAACCCAAGGUCCAGGGCCUACAUGGAGACUGGAGACUUCUACUAUCAUGCUGCCGUGUUUGGAGGCUCGUGGCAGACAGUGAAAAAUAUUACGGAGACCUGUUACCAGACCAUCAUGGAGGACAAGGAGAACCAGGUGGAGGCUCUGUGGCAUGACGAGAGUCACCUCAACAAGUACCUGUGGCUCCAUAAGCCCAGUAGAGUGCUGUCUCCUGAGUACUGCUGGAGCAGUGACAUUGGUUACCGUAGUGACAUGCAUGUGACCCGCCUGCUCUGGGCAAAGAAAAGAUAUGACACACUCCGGAUUACAGAGUGAGCAAUCAGAACCUGUAUGCAAUAAUCUAAUGAGCAAAAGCCCCUGAAGCUUCAAACAGUUCACAGUGCAGCACAAUAAAUAGCCCAUUAUGUUAUAUCAGCCUAUUGCACUGUGGAGUAUUUGGCUUGCGUGUUAAACCCGAAAUGAUCAAGUAGUUAAUUUCCUGCUUCUCAUUUGUCACUGGCAGGAAUUUUCCCUUAACCUUGUGGUGAUUUAUUAAGAAUCUAACAUACUACCCUGGCGUUGCAAGUCAAUGCUCAAAUAACUGAGCCACACCAGAGAAGUGCAGUGACUUGUAGUCUGGAACUAAUGUGGUAUCUAUAGAAAUGAUUCAACAUAUUUUUUUUGUAUGGUUUGUGUUUUUGGAUUAUGAAGAAAAAUGUGUUUUAUAAAGUUGUAUUGGGAAUUGGUUUUAUAUAUAAAUAAAACAUCCUGAGUAAAGAA